CCCACCUUCCCGAACGCUUCCCUUCCAGCCUCCACGCUGCACUUUCCAUUUCGCACUCCCCUCCCCCUGGCUGACAUCAGAGGGGCUGAGGCGCCGCGUCGCCUCGGCCCGGACUCCACUCCGCGUCAGUCGGGAGAGAGAGGAGAGCCGCGUGGACGCGCCCGGGACGAGAGUGCACAUGUUCCGUGCGUUUUAGAGUGCCAUGAGGGAUUCCAGAGGCUUUACGCACCUCCGCUUCCCAAAGAAGAGGCUUUUACGCACACACACUUGUUAAGGGAAGAAGAGUGGGAAAGGAGAGGGAGAAGGAGUGGGAGAAGGAGAGGGAGAAGGAGCGCGUGCAUGUUACUCGGUGGGCUUCAUUUCCACGGCGCUGCAGAGCCGCAGCUGGAGGACAUGAUGCUGCACAGCCCGCUCACCUCCACGCCGUUUUCUGUCAAGGAUAUCCUGAAGCUGCAGCAGCAGGCCGGGUCCCUGGAGCUCCAGCACCGGCAGCGGCAGUUCCAAACCCCGCCGUCCUGCAUGCUCGCCGGGGCCCGGGACAGCAGCCCUCCCUUCUCGGACGGAGAGGACAGCCUGGCCUACCUCGGGGCGCUGGCGGCGCGCGAGGAGGAGCGGGGGGACCCCGGCAUGUCCCCGGACAUGUACGUGCACCCGGGCCUGCAGGGGGCCAAGCCGGAGGCCGCGGACCCGGACGAGCAGGAGAGCAAGAGCUGCGCGCUGGCGGCCCGGGAAGAGGCGUCGGAGGGCGGGCAGGGCCACGCGGAGCGGCCGGCGGCGCAGAAGCAGCGCAGCCGCCGCCGGCCGCGGGUCCUCUUCUCCCAGGCGCAGGUGUUCGAGCUGGAGCGGCGCUUCAAGCAGCAGCGCUACCUGUCCGCGCCGGAGCGCGAGCACCUGGCCAGCACCCUGAAGCUCACCUCCAACCAGGUGAAGAUCUGGUUCCAGAACCGCCGCUACAAGUGCAAGCGGCAGCGGCAGGACAAGUCCCUGGAGGCGGCGGCGGCGGGGGGCCCGCAGCAGCAGCAGCACCCUCCGCCGCCGCCCCGGCGCGUCGCCGUGCCGGUGCUGGUGCGCGACGGGAAGCCGUGUCUCGGCGGCGGGCAGAGCUAUGCGGCCGCCGCCGCCCCGUACGGAUCCAGCCCGUACGGUUAUAACGGAUACCCGGCGUACACGUACAGCAGCCCCGCGUACAACAGCAACUACAGCUGCACGUACAGCAGCCUCCCCACGCUCCCCCCGGCUGGCUCCGCCAACGCCUUCAUGAACAUGAACUUGGGGGCCGUGAGCGGCUUCGGCGGCUCCCCGACGCACCCGGGCACCGCGGUCACGUCGUGCCAGGGGAUCCGGGCCUGGUAGCCUCAGCGCAACUAUACACUGUCUCCUUUCUAAAUGUAUGGAGCUCUUAUUGUGGCUCAGAACACAACAUCUUAGAAGUGUGUCAACUUCUGUAUUGUGUAUAUAAUGGAUGAGAUUUUGGAUUCACCGGAAUGUUCGCGCACGUGUCCGGCUGUUGGACUGUAACACAGCCGAGAGGAGUGCGCUGGAGGCCGGGUGUCACGCGCGUGAACUGUCCCAUGUCACGCGCGUAAACUGUGCCAGUUUGGGUGAAAUGUCCUGGUCGUCCAGCAGUAGUUCGGUGCUCUGUUGGGCUGAUACUGACGCACAUGGGGCCAGAUUUACGCACAAACGCGCGUAAUUUCUCCUCAUUUGAACAACAAAAAGAUCAUUCGUUUGUUUUUAACCUUUUGGAGACAUUUAAUUUGUACAUUGUUUUUAUUUUGGUUCGACAGAGAAAUUGUUUUAGUCUAUUUCACAUCUAUUCAAAUAAAUCAGAGAAAGAAGAAAAAUAAAGAAAGAAUUAAGGUG